UUCCAUUUUUUAUUUAUAUAUUGUUACUGUGUAUCUUUAUCUUCUACCAUAGAGGCCAGCUUUUAUUUUGUCCACCCAUGCAAUCUCUUUGGCCACAGCUUUAAAUUUCAGUAUCUGCAUUAUCAUCCUCAAAAUGACACCUGUUACAGUAGUGAAUCAGCUACACCACGUCUCUCCUCCUCUUCAGGUCCCCCAGGUUCCACUCUCUCUCUCUUUCUCUUAACUCUUGAGCCGCCAGUUUUUUCCUUACGAUUACCACAACUCAGCUGCAUGAGAAAAACUCUCUCCUCUCCUGAUCAGGCUCCCCAGUUUCCACUACUUUUUCUUUCGUCUUUAGUUCCUCACCUUGACAUACAGAUUCCUCUCUCUUUCACCCUUUCAAUAUUGAAUCUUCAUUUUCACCCUCACAUGCACUUCAUGGUAUGGGUGGGCAUGAAUAUUUUCUGCCUCUUUUGCUUUUUUCUUGUGUUUUGUGGCUGAAUUGUGUGGCCAUUUAGGACCCGGGGGACUGAUUGUUUUUUCGUGGCUGAAUUAUGGGACCCAUUUGGUCUCUUUGUAACAGGGGAUUAACAGCCGAAGGGAUGUUCUCUACCCUCAAUGAAAUGUUCAAGCCCUUCAAAAAAAAGAAAAAAAAGAAAAACAUAAUAUGCAUGCUUCUUCUUGUUUUGGGUACCCUUUUUCUUCACUCUCACACCACAUAAAAGAUUUAUUUUAUCCAAGUAGAUCUCUUUUGUAGGCCACCAAUUAACAAGUUCUUGAAUCUUUAUCUUCGUUUUCACACCUCCAAAUAUAUAUAUAUAUAUAUAUAUAUAUGCCUUUUCCUAUAUGUAGACAAUACAAGUUCGAUCUGUUUCUAUAUAUUUAUCUUCAUCCCUUUCAGUUAUAUAUAUACACAUUCGCCUAUCUCUCUCCCUCAACAAGCCUCGCUAGUUGUAGCCCCUUUGGACCUUUUAUCUUCACUUAUACACGUCUGUUGGAUGACCCUUUUGUCCCCAUGGCCAUACACACAAAGGAAUUUAAUUGAUUAGUUUCAGGAUCUACAUUUAUCUUGAAAUCUAUCAGGAGAUCAGAUAUAAAUAGUCACCAUCUCUCUUAUCUUAUUCUUUCCAUAGGUACCGCAUAUGGCAAAAAAAUUGGCUGGAACCUCGAGCAAUCUUCAUUUCCAUGACAUACCAGAUGUGAUUCUCUCCAACAUAUUCUCUUUGGUUACUGAUACUCGCACACGCAAUGCCGUGUCCCUUGUGUGUCUCAAAUGGCUCUUGCUUGAGCGCUCCACUCGGAAAUCCCUCACCCUCCGUGGCAAUACCCGUGAUCUCCUCCUCCUUCCGGCUUGCUUUCGAGCCGUUACCAACCUUGACCUCUCUUUCCUCUCCCCUUGGGGACACCCUCUUCUCGAUUCCUCUCCGAACCCUGUUCUUCUUGCUCAACUCCUUCGAAAUGCAUUUCCAUUAGUUGUUUCUCUUACUGUUUAUGUCCGGAACCCUUCAACGCUCCAUCUUCUAGCUCCCCUUUGGCCUAACUUACGAGAUGUUAAACUCAUACGUUGGCAUCAGCGUUUGCCUACACCUAUUGGCUCAGAUUUUAUUGCACUUUUUGAGCAUUGCCACACGCUUUCUUCACUUGAUGUUUCACAUUUUUAUUGCUGGACUGAGGAUCUUCCACCAGCAUUUGAAGCAUACCCAUCUAUUGGAGCUUGUCUUUUCCGUCUCAAUAUUCUCAAAAAUUCUUCGGCUGAUGGAUUCAAGUCCCAUGAGCUUUUAGCCAUUACUGCUUUCUGUCCAAACCUCCGUGAAUUUCUUGCAACAUGUACAUUUGACCAUAGAUUCAUUGGAUUUGUUGGCGAUCAAACCUUGCUUGCUCUUGCUUCAAAUUGUCCUUCCCUUUCGGUCCUUCACCUCGUUGAUGCUACUUCCUUGUCCAAGGUAAGGGCGGACCCAAAUGAUGAGGGUUACACAUCUGAAGAUGCUAGUAUUAGCCAUGCCACACUUGCAGAUGUAUUUGCUGGAUUGCCACUGCUUGAGGAGUUGGUUCUCGAUGUUUGCCACAAUGUUAGGGAGGCCUGGCCAGCGUUGGAGGUGCUUAACUCAUGGUGCCCCAGGCUUAAAUCCUUGAAGUUGGGACAAUUCCACGGAAUCUGCAGGAGUAUAGAUUAUCGACCAGAUGGGGUGGCCCUAUGCCAAGGGUUGGAAUCUUUGUCCAUCAAGAACUCUGCUGACUUAACUGAUACCGCUUUGGUAGCCAUCUCCCUUGGCUGCCUGAGACUCUCCAAGUUUGAAGUUCUAGGAUGCAACAGAAUCACAGUAAUAGGGAUGUGGAAAUUGACUCAUGCUCUUCAGAAAACCUUGGUUGAUGUGAAAAUUUGUGACUGCAAAAAUUUCGAUGUAGUUUCAUCGUUGCAGGCACUGGAACCAAUUCGAGAUCGGAUAGAACGGCUCCACAUAGAUUUCGUAUCGGAAAGUGUUGUACAAUCAGAAGGCCAGACAGGCAGUUCAAACCAACCAGGUGGAUUCGAGAACUUCGAGGCAGGGAAACGGGGCAUCAUCAGGGAAGAAAAAAGCUUGGGAAAGAAAUGCAAGUCCUAUGCUAUUGGCAAUGACAACUUAUUCUCGUCUAGAACUUGGAACAAGCUACACUAUCUUUCCCUUUGGGUUGCUGCAGGUGAGUUGCUCACUCCAUUAUCUUUGGCAGGUUUAGAUGAUUGUCCUGCACUGGAAGAGAUAGAUAUAAAAAUUGAAGGUGAUUGCAGGGACCAACCAAGGCCUUCCAUGGAUGCAUUUGGGCUGAGUUCCUUGGCCUGCUAUCCAAGGCUUUCAAGGAUGCACCUGGACUGUAGUGGAGUGAUAGGUUAUGCUCUUACUGCUCCUUCGGGACGCGCAGAUUUGAGCUUGUGGGAGAGAUUUUUCCUUAGUGGAAUUGAGAAUUUGCAUCUUAAUGAGCUCAACUAUUGGCCUGCACAGGACAGGGAUGUCAAUCAGAGAAGCCUUUUUCUCCCAGCUGCAGGAUUGCUCGCACAGUGUGGGACUCUAAGAAAACUUUUCAUUCACGGAACAGCAAAUGAACAUUUCAUGAUGUUUCCCCUGAGAAUUCCAACUCUAAGGGAUGUACAACUUAGAGAAGAUUAUUACCCCGCGCCAGAGAAUGAUACAAGAACGGAGAUGAGAGUAUACUCGUGCUGUCGAUUUGAGGAUGCUCUGAAUAGCCGUCAGCUGCCUGAUUAGAAAAUUGGUGGCGUCGGAGAGUUGCUAAAUGCUAAUUUCUGCAUGACUUUCUCUCCUUUUAUCAUUGCUUCCCCCUUUAAGCUGGUGGAGCAUAACUUAUCCAAUAAAAUAUAAUGGCGACGCAUAUGACUACAAAGAUUUGGAAUCUCACUAGAGUAUACACAUAGCUAGGAAAAAAUAUGUGGUGUUGGGAAUUUGGAGUAUUUGAAUUAGUCCAUAAAUGGAUACAAAAUGU